AGCACAAUAGAGGCUCCCAGGACUGCAGGUGCUCCUCGCCCCUCCCCCCACCGAGGGCAGCUCUCAGGCUCCUGAGCAAACAGGACUGACCAUACAGAUGACCUGUGGCCUGAAGGUGAUGAGGCCAGAAAGGCAGUGAUGACCGCAGAGCAACGGGGCUUGGAGAGACAUGUUUGCAGAAGUGCAGUCACACAGGUGCUCUCAGGAACAGGCUGAGGUCGUGGCCCGUGGCUGAUGGAACAAGUUAUCACAGAGGCCAUGGCCAGAAACAAUACACAUGUAUUCUGGAGGUCAGAAGUCCAGGACCAGUUUCACUGGGCUGAGGUCCAGCUGUUGGCUCCGCCACACUCCCUCGGAGGCUCUAGGGAGCCCCUGUCUGGCCUUUCCCAGCUGCAUUCCAGCUUCAGCGCUGGUUCCUCGUGACCUGCCCUCCUCAGAGCCCACAGCCUGGCACCUUGCUUCACUGUCACACUGCCUUCUGGGCCACACUCCCUCUGCCUCCACCUCUGCCCUUCGUGAGGACAUGACGGGCUCAGCGGCACAUUCCCCAUCUCAAGAGCCUGGAUUUCAUCACACCCGCAGUCCCUUUUGUCACAUGAGGCACAUUCACGGGGACCAUAACCUAGCCAACCACCCACGCAAACAUUAGCAUGGUCACACAGGCACGCACACUGCGCACAGCCAGACGCUGUUAGUGGAACACACAGUCAUGUGGUCACAUGUGCACCCUCGUCAGUCACACACACUCCUCCCGGCAGGCCUCUUCCCCCUCAAGCCAGCUGUGGGGAGACACAGAACCCUUCCCUGUCCCAUCAUCUCCUGGCCUCCAGGUGACAGCCUUCCUCCCCCCAUAACACUGUGACAGCCUCUCCUUUGUUCGCAGUCUCCCACUACCUAAGAAGGCUUUCCUCGACCCUGCCUUCAGGGUCUAACCUAUCUCGAGGCCUUAAAGCUUAAGACCUAGUUCUGAGCCAGCCACCUCCUCCAUGCAGCCCACCCUGCUCUGCAGCCACCUGCUCACUGCCACACCUCACCGCCACACCCCAUGGAUCCUCAGGGAAAGUUAACCGAAUAAAGGAAAGUAGAAAAUCAAAGGUCACCAAGCACAGCUCUUAAACGGUUAUUGUGCACCUGUGCUGCAGUGCCUGAGUUUAAGAGCUUGGGAACAGUCGGAUGGACAUCUCAGUGCUGGCUGAGCUACAGCACCUGGGCCUGGGGUAUAAAUGGGGCUGGACAACCCCCUAAGACUUGGCUCUAGUCGGUGAGUGGAGGGGUCACCUGUCUGACCCCCACCUCAGCCCAGGAGUUGCAGACCUAAGGGCUGUUCCCCAUGGCGCAGCCAGAGGCUUCCUGCUCUAGGUGAGUGCUGGGUCUCAGAGUGGUCACUUGAGCACUGGCUGGCUUCGGCCUUCUGGGGCCACUGCCUUGUCCUGCUAAGUCCUGGGGCUUCACCUCUCAUCCACACCCUUCCCCCAUCGCCCCCAGGCUCCCCCGUUCCAGGGAGUCCAUCCGCACAGACCGCACCUGUGGGAUCUGUUCCCACCAGGAGCUCAAACUCAGCACCGGUGCAAGGCCCCCAGGUGGGGGUUUAAGAACUCAGCCUGGGCCAGGGGGUCACUCUGGCUCCCUGCUGAGGCCAGCUCUGCUCCAGGCUCUCAGGAAAGGGAGGGAGCACAGGCCCUCGUAGACACCUCAUCCUGGGUAUUUGACUUGGCCGGCCAGGUGUGUGAAAGCAGGAAGGAAGGCCCGGGGCAUGGAGGCGUCCCAAAGCGCUUGGGUCAGGGACGACCAGAGCCGCCCUGGAGCGCCUCGCUUCACCACCAGGCGGCGACGCGCUCGGGGGCAAAGCCCGGGACCCCGGUCCUGGGAGGGGAGGCCUGCCCUCCCUGCAGAGCGUUGUUCCGGAGCCACCUGGGGAGGCCCCGUUGCGUCGUGGGUGUCCCGACGCCGGGAAGGGGGACGGAGACGCGGAGCCGGGGUCUGCGGACGCGGCAAAUGUGCUGACCCCGCUCACCUGCCCGCCUGCCCCCAGUAUGGAGUCCCGAGCCGCUGCCUCCCGCGAGCUGCUUCUGGCGGCGCUCGAGGACCUGAGCCAGGAGCAGCUGAAGCGCUUCCGCCACAAGCUGCGGCACGCGCCACUGGACGGCCGCAGCAUCCCAUGGGGGCGGUUGGAGUGCGCGGACGCCGUGGACCUCGCCGAGCAGCUGACCCAAUUCUACGGGCCGGAGCCCGCGCUGGACGUGGCCCGAAAGACCUUGAAGAAGGCGGACGUGCGCGACGUCGCGGAGCGGCUCAAGGAGCAGCGGCUGCAGCGGCUCGGCUCCAGCUCCUCGGCGCAGCUCUCCGUGUCCGAGUACAAGAAGAAGUACCGGGAGCACGUGCUGCGACAGCACGCCAAGGUGAAGGAGAGGAACGCCCGCUCGGUGAAGAUCACCAAGCGCUUCACCAAGCUGCUCAUCGCGCCCGAGAGCGCCGCGCUGGAGUGCGAGGCCCUGGGCCCGGAGGAGGAGCCGCAGCCAGAGCGCGCUCGGCGCUCGGACACCCACACCUUCAACCGCCUGUUCAGCCAGGAUGAGGAGGGGCAGCGGCCGCUGACUGUGGUGCUGCAGGGCCCGGCGGGCAUCGGCAAGACCAUGGCGGCCAAGAAAAUCAUGUACGACUGGGCGGCGGGCAAGCUGUACAGCGGCCAGGUGGACUUCGCCUUCUUCAUGCCUUGCCGAGAGCUGCAGGAGCGGCCGGGCGCGUGCAGCCUGGCUGACCUGAUCCUGGACCAGUGCCCGGACCGCAGCGCGCCCGUGCGGCAGAUGCUAGCGCAGCCCGAGCGGUUGUUCUUCAUCCUGGACGGCGCGGACGAAGCGCCGACGCCGGGGCCAGCCGAGGCGGCGCCCUGCACCGACCCCUUCGAGGCCGCGGGCUGCGCACGGGUGCUGGGCGGCCUGCUGAGCAAGGCGCUGCUGCCCAGGGCCCGCCUGCUGGUGACCACGCGCGCCGCAGACCCCAGCCGGCUGCAGGGCCGCCUGCUGUCGCCGCAGUGCGCCGACGUGCGCGGCUUCUCCGACAAGGACAGGAAGAAGUACUUCUACAAGUUCUUCCAGGACGAGCGGAGGGCGGAACGCGCCUACCGCUUCGUGAAGGAGAACGAGACGCUGUUCGCGCUGUGCUUCGUGCCGUUCGUCUGCUGGAUCGUGUGCACCGUUCUGAACCAGCAGCUCGAGCACGGCCAGGACCUGUCGCGCACCUCCAAGACCACCACGUCCGUGUACCUGCUUUUCAUCGCCAGCGUUCUGAACUCGGCGCCCACGACAGACGGGCCCCGGCUGCAGGGCGAGCUGCGCAAGCUGUGCCGCCUGGCCCGCGAAGGCGUUCUCGGGCGCAGGUCGCAGUUCGCCGAGAAGGAUCUGGAACGACUGGAGCUUCGUGGCUCCAAAGUCCAGAUGCUGUUCCUCAGCAAGAAGGAGCUGCCGGGCGUGCUGGCGACCGAGGUUGCCUACCAGUUCAUCGACCAGAGCUUCCAGGAAUUCUUCGCCGCUCUGUCCUACCUGCUGGAGGACGAGGGGCAGACCGGGGCGCCGGCUGGCGGCGUGGGAGAGCUUCUGCGCGGGGACCCCGAGCUGCGCGGGCACCUCGCGUUCACUACGCGCUUCCUCUUCGGCCUGCUGAGCGCGGAGCGCAUGCGCGACAUCGAGGGCCGCCUUGGCUGCGUGGUGUCACAGCGCGUGAAGCAGGAUGUCCUGAAGUGGGUGCAGGACCAGGGCCAGGGUCGCCCUAGGGUGGCGCCGGAGGGGACCGAGGAGACCAAUAAGCGCGAAGAACCGGAGGGGGCUGAGGGGCCCGAGGAGGAGGAGGAGGAGGAGGAGGAGGAGGGAGAGGAGGGAGAGGAGUUCAAUUACUCAAUGGAGCUGCUGUACUGCCUGUACGAGACGCAGGAGGACGCCUUCGUGCGCCAAGCCCUGCGGGGCCUUCCGGAGCUGGCGCUGGAGCGCUUGCGCUUCAGCCGCAUGGACAUGGUGGUUCUGAGCUACUGCGUGCGGUGUUGCCCAGAAGGACAGGCGCUGCGGCUGGUCAGCUGCGGAUUGGCCACGGCGCAGGAGAAGAAGAAGAAAAAGAGCUUGGUGAAGCGACUGCAAGGCAGACUGAGCGGCAGCUCCAGUUCUCGAGCCACCAUGAGAAAACCCAAGGCCUCCGCACUGCGUCCACUCUGUGAAGCUAUGACCGAUCAGCAUUGUGGUCUGAAGAGCCUGACGCUGUCGCACUGCAAACUGCCCAACUCCAUCUGCCUCGACCUCUCUGAGGCGCUGAGGGCGGCCCCCAGCCUGACCGAGCUGUGCCUGCUCCAAAACGGGCUCAGUGAGGAGGGCCUGCGUGUGCUGAGCGAGGGCCUGUCUUGGCCCCAGUGCCGGGUGCAGAAGCUCAGGGUGCAGCAGCCUGGCCUCCAGGAAGCCUUCCAGUACCUGGCGGUCAUGCUCAGGCACAGCCGCACACUGACCACCCUGGAUCUCAGUGGCUGCCAGCUGUCAGGACCCAUGGUGACCUACCUGUGUGCGGCCCUGCAGCACCCAGGAUGCCACCUGCAGACCCUCUGUGUGACCUCCGUGGAGCUGAGUGAGCAGUCGCUGGAGGAACUGCGGGCUGUGAGGAGGGCAAAGCCAGGCCUGGUCAUCACACACCCAGCGCUGGACAGCCACCCCGAGCCUCCCAGUGGAGUCAGCAGUGCUCUCUGAGACCCUGAAGGCCAGGGCAGCCAGGAGGCCUCUAGGCAGCCCUGCGGGGUAGGCCUCCUUAUUCCAAGGGCGUAGGGGCCCUGGACAGACAGACAGGGCCGCUGAUGGUCCUGGACAGACCCUCCCACACCCUGUGUCCCCCACGCACAGACACGACUCCUCCCCUGGCCUCCACUGCUGCCGCCUCCUGUCCUGGAACCGCCUAGCCAUCCACUUGCAGGUCCCCCCACCCCCACCCCAGCAACAAUAAUGAUGCUGAAGCUCCUGGUAACUGAGCACCAACCCUGUGCGGGCGCAGAGUGACACCUUUACUGAUCCCAUCUCCAUCUGCAGUGUGGGCCCCACAGCCCCACAAUUCUGCCCCUGGCCACAGAGGAUCAAGCAGAGGUAGGCGGGUCACCGUCUUUCCCCAGGAAUUGGGCUUGGCAUUAGGAUGAAGCUGUCCCUGAGGCUGUGGAGUCCAAGCUCAGAGAUGUCCCCUUGCUAAGGUCUUUGGAAGCGGAGACCAGGGCAGGGUGGAGGUGGCAGCGGUGGCAGCAUGGGUGGU